UCCCACAGUGACCAAAGACAGGACAGGGGUGUGGUGGCUUGUGAAGGAUCAACAUACUGAAGAGGAAUUUUUCCACCAGAAGAGGUUUUACCCCCAAGAACCAUGUGAGGAAACCCAAAGCUGUAAACUUGAAUAAUUGACCAUCUUCCUUUCUGAAGUUAUAUGGAAAUUCUUCAAAAUCUCAACCUUGCAUCUUGGUGGGGCAAGGCUGUUUGAAGAAACAUGGUGAACUAUUACAAAGUACUAGGGGUGCCACAUAACGCGUCCUCCUCAGAUAUUAAGAGAGCUUUCCAUCACCUGGCUCUGCAGGUGCAUCCAGACAAGAACCCAGGGGACAAGGAAGCAGCUGAGAAAAAAUUCAAACAAGUAGCAGAAGCCUAUCAAAUCUUAUCCGAUGCCAAGAAGCGAAAGGACUAUGACAGGUCCCGAUGGAACCGGAACAAAGUGGAAAUCAGAGGUGAUGGCCAUGACAAAGGGGAGGUCAUCAGAGGUGACGGCAGAGACGAAACCAAUUGGGAAGAAGAAAUAUGCUCUCGGAAGCCACGCCACACCUUCCAGAAGGUCGUCGAAGAUGAAGACCUCUUUUCAGGGGACUGUUUAUUUGCUGGCCCCAUGACUCGGACCAGAAGAGCCUCCUCCACUUUCUUUACUGUCACCCCCAUCAUGGACACAGGAUUUUCUACUUUUGGGUCUCGAGGAUCCAGAUCUAAUCCUGAUGACCUUGAAACAUUUGUACCAUUUGUAAGCCAAGGAAUGGGAAAGUUCAGACUCAUCAACACUUGUAGCAAGAUAGUGAAUGGUAAGAGAAUUGUCACAAAGAGAGUUGUAGAGAACAUUCGAGGACCAAAGAAAAUAGAGAAGGAACUGCUAUUUCGUCAGAAUCCUCCACGUGAUUGGAAAUUGAUGGAAAAUCCCUGCUCUUGAUGACGAGAAAUGACGUGUUGACAGGACUUCAGUUAAAACUGGGGCCUGCUCUGAAAAUCUAUGAGUAUCAUGUAAAACCUCUUCAGACCAAGCAUUUAAAGAACAGCUCUUCAUAGUAAAAUCAAACUGAGGUCUUGGUCCUCAGAAAAAAAUACACAGUGUUGUAAUUUAGUUUCAUGUUGUGAAACUCUGCAAACAGAAUACAUAGAUGUGUGUAUGUAAAGAA